AUGGACGUGCCAUUCCCAACCGAUGUUCAGGAAUUCGACAGCGAUGACCGAAUAUCCUUCUCCAAGCUCGACAACAAGUUUAUUGCCGUCCACGACGACGGCACCGAGUUUGAAUUCGAUCCCGAGCUGAAGAAAUGGACCCCCAUAGAAGAGGAGCCAUUGGACGACGAUAUAGACGAGCUUAGAGAAUACAGCAGAACUCCUGCAGACGAUGCUGCUUCGGACAAGAAGCGGAAGGCCGACUCACAGAAUGGCGACGCAGACAAUGGAACCCCUAAACCAGCGCGUCCGAAUAAAAAGAUGAAACCUCCCCCGAAACCCAAGCAGAACACCGCUGUAUACGUGACCGGCCUCCCUACAAACGCCACAAUCGAUGAAAUCCACGACCUCUUCUCCCGCAGAGCUGGCGUCAUCGCCGAGGAAAUUGACAGCGGCGCGCCACGAAUCAAGAUGUACACCGACUCCGAGGGUAACUUCAAGGGCGAUGCGCUCAUCGUCUUCUUCAAGCCCCAAAGUGUGGACAUGGCUGUCAUGCUGCUGGACGACACCGUCUUCAGGUACCUACCCGGUGGAACGACGGAAGGCCGGAUACGAGUUCAGGCGGCAGAUUCGAGCUACAAGAAGACACAGUACGAGCCGGCAGGCGGAAGCGGCGAGGCGAGCAAUGGGGGUGGGCAGACGAGGCCGAGGAAUGAGAGGGAUCGGCAGAAAAUUAUCAAGAAGACGCAAAAGCUAGCUGCCAAGCUUGCGGAUUGGGAUGACGACGAACCAUACCCGGCAUUGGCUCCGUCCAAUUCUAAGAGAGAUAAGACGGUCAUAUUGAAGCACAUGUUUACUCUUCAGGAGCUGGAAGAAGAUCCAGCCGCCCUAUUGGAAAUCAAGGAAGACAUCCGAGACGAAUGCUCCAAGCUCGGCCCAGUAACCAGCGUAGUGCUCUACGAUUUGGAGCCCGAUGGAGUGGUAUCCGUCAAGUUCAAGAACGUCGAGUCCGCAGCUGCCUGUAUCAAGCUCAUGAACGGGAGGAGCUUUGGCGGCAGCACGGUGCAUGCAUCACUAGCAACGGGUGAGAAGUUUAAGAAAUCCAAAGAGGAAGCAGGCGAAGAUUCAGAUUAG